AUGUCGACCAACUACGGCCAAGUGUAUCGGCCCCUGGGCAGCGAAGACUUGCAUGAUAUCAAGUACAUUGCGCUCGAGGUGGCUGUCGACUUUCUUCUCUGUGGUGUGCAGAUCACACUUUCUGCCGCAGCAAUCACGAUCCUCGCGCGUCGACACGGACGCUCGCGCUUCACGCUGGUGGCCAUAAUCGGGCUGCUCCUAUCCUCUGCGGUAUACGCCAUUACCAGUACCGUAUUUUUCCUGGUCCAGUUUCCGGUGUACAUCGGCACAUCUGAGCGCUCCAUCGAUGUGUUGCUGUAUCGUCUGAGCAUCCUGGAAAGCGUAUGCACAAAUUUGAGCUAUGCUCUUAGCGACGCUGUGCUCGUAUGGCGAGCUUGGUGGCUAUGGCCGGGUUGUUUUCUUACCAAAAGUAUAUUAUCACUAUGCAUGAGUGGAACCGUAGUGGGAGCCAUUGUGGAGAUGACAUGGUUCUACUGGCCGUCUCUGUAUUAUACAGGCAUCCUUGAGAGCAUUGGCCAGUACCUGACCAGGUUUAUUCCGCUUUUGACGACCAAUAUCGUCGCGACGGGCCUCAUUGGCAAAAAGGUUCUACAUCACCGCCGAGAGAUACAGGGCUCGCUUGGCUUGUUCGUGCGAAAAUCGCAAGCGGAGGCCAUCCUGGUGCUGCUCCUCGAAUCAGGCCUUGCAUAUAUCCUUUUCUGGGUUGUCAACUGUACCGUGGCCCUUGUUUCCAGCAAAGACGGAUACUCCAGCGGCGCCAUUUUCACCGGUAUUUCUCACCACAUUGCCGGAAUAUACCCAACAUGUGUCCUGUUUGCCGCUGCGGGAGGCACAACGGAUUCCUUGCUCAGUGCCCAGGUGUCGCAAGCCAUGCGCUUUGCCGACCCGCCUGCGGCACACGAAGGAGCGCGUGAAGCGGACACGAUGACUUCUUCCCAGCCCGAGGAUUCCAACGUCGCCCUCUACGGCGGGUCUGAGCCUGAGGAGGAGAUGCACGUGGACAGAGUCCCUGGCCCGUCUGGCACUGGCACGCGUAGCGACGAGUCCCGCUUUGCAUCGAGCGAAGGCAUCAUCGAAGUCCAAAGGGAGACGACCACCAUGUAGGCGACGGCGUCGGAGGUGAGGAAGAGUU